AUGACGGGCAAUAAUAAUAAUCAAGAGAUAUCUGAAAGAACUAAAAGAGUGUUAUCAAUUCAGUCCCAUGUAGUACAUGGAUAUGUUGGUAACAAAGCUGCCACUUUCCCAUUACAAUACCAAGGGUGGGAAGUAGAUGCUCUGAACACCGUGCAAUUUUCAAACCAUCCUGGAUAUCAGUUUUUUACAGGUUACUCAAGUAGUCCAAAUGAAUUAGUCGAUAUUAUAUCAAAAGGUUUAAUCGAUGAAUCAGAGCUCAGUUAUGAUGCCAUAUUGACUGGCUAUAUAUCUGAUGUGGAAGGAUUACGAAAGAUCGGUGAUUUGAUUAGUCAGCUUUGCAAAGAUUCUAAAAAGAUAAAAUGGUUAUUGGACCCUGUACUUGGUGACAAUGGCAAACUAUACGUUUCUGAAGAAAAUAUCAAGAUUUAUCAAGAAAUAUUGCGAACUGCCAGUAUUUACGUAGUUACACCAAAUCAAUUUGAAAUGGAAGUACUCACAAAUGUUAAAAUAACAGAUCUACCAAGUCUUAGAGUGGCAUUUGAAGUAUUCAGAGAACACUAUCCUACUAUUCAAAACGUAGUAGUAACAAGCGUGGAGCUCCCUGAGCAUCCUGACGUUCUUACCAGUGCAUGCUCUACAUUCAAUAAUGCAGAUAAGAACAAAUUGUAUAUAGACAUCUUCGAAGUACCUAUAAUCCCUGCAAAGUUCAGCGGGAGUGGUGAUUUAUUCUCUGCCAUUUUAUUAAACAAUUUAUUUUCUUACAAGCCAGUUCCCAAAAAUGAAGGUGAGCUUCUCAAAAGUGCUUUGCAUAGAACACUCAUACAAGAGGAUGCAAUACUAAAGAGAACAUAUGAACUGACGUUAAAGGAAUUCAAUCAUACACAGACCAUCGACAACCUUUCAAUUGUCAAGGAUUUGAAAUUAAUCCAAUCAAAAGACCUACUAGUCGACGAGUCACUGUACUCAAAUGUUUCUUUCAAAUGCUCAUCUAUAUAG